AUGUGGAAAACAGCGUCGGCCAUCACUCUUUUAGCCGGCGCAGCCUCUGCCAUCGAUCUCGACAUCAACGAUGAGCAGUCCAUCAAGAGUGCGGCUCGCACAGCCGCAUACGCCGCCAUGUCAUACUACACCGGCAACCUCACCGGCCAGAUUCCCGGCGCAUUCCCCACCAAAUGGUGGGAAGGCAGCGCCCUCUUCGACACAAUGAUCCACUACUGGUACCUGAGCGGCGAUGACUCGAACAACGCGGCCGUGAUCCAGGGCCUGAACUGGCAAAGCGGCGACAACAACGACUACAUGCCGGGCAACUUUUCAUCGUACAUAAGCAACAGCGAUCAAUCGUCCUGGGCGCUCGCGGCCAUGACGGCGGCGGAGUUCGAUCUGCCGCAGACUUCGUCCGAGGAUUCGUGGGCGGCUAAGGCUGCGGCUGUCUUCGAUUCUCAGGUGGCUCGUUGGGAUGAUGCGGGCGCUUGUGAGGGGGGUCUGCGGAUGGAUAUUUGGACGUACGAGUCCGGGUAUUAUCUGGUGGAUACUGUUACCAAUGGCCAGCUCUUUGAGCUGGCGGCCCGGCUGGCCCGGUACACGGGUAACGCGACGUACUCUGGGUGGGCGGGGAAGAUCUGGGAUUGGAGUUCUUCUUCGCCGCUUCUGAAUAACAAUACUUGGAGCGUUGCUGAUUCGACUGAUAUCCGGGCUGGUUGUGACACAGUCAGCAAUGAACAGUGGACGCUUGACUAUGCUACGUAUAUCACUGGUGCAGCUUACAUGUAUAACCUGACCAAUGGCGACUCAAAGUGGAAAUCCGGCGUGGAUGGUCUCCUGAACACCAGUCUGACUACGUUCUUCCCCGCGACACACGGCGGAGAUAUCGUCGAGGAAGUUCUAUGUGAAUCGGACGAGGUGUGUAACACCAACAUGAUCCUCUUCAAGGGAAUUUUCAUGCGUGACCUCGCCCUGGUAUCUGCCGUCGCGCCGUACACCAUGGAUGAAAUCCUGCCACGUCUGCAGGGUUCCGCAUCUGCAGCCGCGGCGUCUUGCACGGGCCAUUCCAAUGAUACAUGUGGUGUGCAAUGGUACAAGAAGGAAUAUGACGGCUAUAUUGGAAUGGAGGAACAGCUCAGUGCGGCCAGCGUCUUCACAGCCAACCUGAUUGCCUUUGACAAGCAGGCCGUGAGUACAUCGUCCGAGGGCGCGAGCGGAACCUCCACGAACACGAGCACGAGUGCGUCAGGGACGGCAGCCACUGGAACGAAGACUGGCUCCAGUGCUUCGGGCACCGUGGCCAAUGGUGGUAAUGUGAUUUUCGGUGGACCGUUGGCCUUGAGCGCGGCGAUGGUGGCUGGUAUUCUGGCGCUUUUCUAA